CGCGAGUGCGCGUGCGCAAGCGGUGGGGCAUUUUUUCCCGAGCCGUCGGAGGGAGCCGGAGCGCUUCUCCCGAGCUGGUGAUUGAUCGGUUGUGGUCCACCAUGCAGAAGUGAGUGGUGAAAGGCAGCAGAGCUGAUGGGUCGCAAGGAUGUAAGUGCCUUUGAAGGCUCUCACACCCUCUACUCCAGGACAGAAUCAUGAAUAAACUGGAGGACAAGCAGGACCAGAUGAUACCAUGAAGAGAAGUUUACAGGCCCUCUAUUGCCAACUGUUAAGCUUCCUCCUGACCUUGGCACUGACUGAAGCACUGGUAUUUGCUGCCCAGGAACCAUCUCCCAGGGAAUCUCUUCAAGUCUUCCCCUCAGGCACCACCCCAGACACCAUGGUGACAGCACCCCUCAGUUCUACCAGACACUCCUCCGUGGUGGCUGCCCCCUCUUCCAUGGUGGCACUGACCCCUCAUCCCGACAGACCCUCCUCACAGGCUGCAGCUUCCAUGGCAACGACAACACCCCAUCCAAGCAGUCACCCUCCUAAAAACGCCAUCUCCACCAUCAUGGCGACGGCAACCACCCCCCAUUCUGAAGGCCCCCUGUCCACAGGGCCACUUCCUGCUGCCGUGGCAACCACGUCCUCCCAUUCAGAGGGCCGCCCCCCGGGCCAGGCUGUGCCCACCAUCCUGCUGACAAAGCCAAGGGAUGCUACCAGCCGUCCCCUCACAGCCCCCUCCCAGGCUACCCCACGCAGGCCCCCCAGGCCCCCUGGCUCCUCCCGAAAGGGAGCCAGCAGUUCAUCACACCCUGUCCUGCCUGCACCCAGCGGUCACUCCAGAAGGAAGGAAGGCCAGCGGGGACGAAAUCAGAGCUCCACGCAUCUGGGGCAGAAGCGGCCCCUGGGGAAGAUCUUUCAGAUUUACAAAGGCAACUUCACAGGGUCUGUGGAGCCUGACCCCUCCACCGUCACCCCCAGGAACCCGCUCUGGGGUUACUCCUUGUCUCCACAGUCCCAGAUAGUGGCCGCAACCUCAGCGCCCAGCAGGACCUCGUGGGUACGACCCAACACAACCCCGGUGUCUGCAGAGGACAAGCCCGGCCUUAACAGAGCAGACCAGGGGGGUGGUCCCACCUUCACCAGCCAAGGAGGGGAGCCGGCCACCACAGCAGCCUCAGGCACCCCCGCCAGUCCACAUCCUGCCCCAGUGCCUUCUCAGCACCCCCGCGGUGACCCACAGGAUGGCCCCAGCCACAGUGACUCCUGGCUUACUGUCACCCCUGGCACCAGCAGACCUCCAUCUGCCAGCUCUGGGGUCUUCACGGCCACCAUGGGGCCCAUUCAGGCUGCCUUCGAUGCCAGUGUCUCAGCCCCUUCCGAGGGGCUUCCUCAGGGAACAUCCUCAGCCCCGCAGGCCCCGGCCCACCCCCCCGGGGUUUCAGAAAGCACUGUUUCCCUAGCCAAGGAGGAAGCUGCGGCCACCCCUACGCCCACCAUGACUGGCAGUGUGCCCAGUCCUCUCUCCACAGUGGUGUCCACAGCCACAGGAAACUUCCUCAACCGUCUGGUCCCUGCUGGGACCUGGAAGCCUGGAACAGCAGGGAACAUCUCCCAUGUGGCCGAAGGGGACAAACCCCAGCACAGAGCCACCAUCUGCCUGAGCAAGAUGGACAUCGCCUGGGUGAUCCUGGCCAUCAGCGUGCCCAUCUCCUCCUGCUCCGUCUUGCUGACCGUGUGCUGCCUGCGGAAGAAGAAGAAGCCGGCCAACCCCGAGAACAGCCUGAGCUACUGGAACAAUGCCAUCACCAUGGACUACUUCAGCAAGCACGCCGUGGAGCUUCCCAGGGAGAUCCAGUCCCUUGAAACCUCUGAGGACCAGCUCUCGGAGCCCCGCUCCCCAGCCAACGGUGACUACAGAGACACCGGGAUGGUCCUCGUUAACCCCUUCUGCCAAGAAACUCUGUUUGUGGGAAACGAUCAAGUGUCAGAAAUCUAACUGCAGCAGCCCUCGCUUUGCCAGUCCCUACCUUUCGGCUCUAAAUUAUCAAUAUACAAAUAUAUAUUAUAAAUAUAAUCUUUGUGUAACCCUGACUUGAUGAGAAACAUUUUCAGCUUUUUUUUCCUAAGAAUUGUCAAUAUCUUUUUUAUAAGUGUGGUUUAAAAAAAAAAAAACUUGACAGAACAAUCCGUGGCUUUAUAAAAUAAAGGUAUUUAUAAGCAAA